AUGAAGACCACCAGCAUCCUCGUCGGCGCUUUCGCCGCUGUUGCCGCUGCCGCCCCGGCCUCGGACGUCUCGGCCCGCUCCUCGUUCGACCUGUCGCAGCUCAACAACCUCAACUUCCAGAACCAGAACUUCCAGUACCUCAAUGUCAUCAACAGCCUGGACCUGCAGCUUCUGUCGCAGCUCGGCUCGGUCAACAACUUCAACAUUCUGGGCUUCCAGAACCUGUUCCAGCAGAACCAGUUCAACCUGCAGUCGCUCCUGGAGUUCCAGCAGCUGCAGAUGGUCCUGCAGCUGGCGCAGCUCGGCCUGUUCAACGGCUUUGACCUGUCGUCGCUCAACUUCAACAACCUCAACUUUGGCCUGAUCAACGGCGUCAGCAGCUUCGACAUCAACAGCCUGAUUGACCAGUCCCUUGUGCCCCAGAUCACACAAGUGAUCCAGACUGCCGUCAUUGCCAAGGAGUAA